GAAUUGUUUUAUUUUCGCAAAUUUCAUCAAAAUGAAUAUCUUCCUGGUUUCCUUGCUGAUUUCGUCCACUUUUUUGAGUUUCAUUGUUCGUGGUACCAAUGGCCAGAGUUCCGCUGUUGUACAAAUUGAUGAAUAUCCAUACAUGGUAUCGCUACACCUGAUAAAUGGUGGUCAUCGUUGUACGGCAACUAUAAUUUCCUGGCAGUUCACGUUGACGACUGCUUCCUGCUUGUACGACAGUCAAAACGAUGUGUUCCUCAACUCGGCAGACCUGAGGCUCGUGUACGGUGCCAAGGAGAUGGACAGCUCGCUGGACUACAUCUCCCAGCCAGAGAUAGAGGUGCGGUUUGUGGUCAGCACGUACAUCCACCCGAGGUUCGACCUAAACAACUUCUUCCAGAACCUCGCAAUGCUCAAGGUGCAUGCACCGUGGGGUGAGCGAGUGAAGUACGCGAUGUUACCCGAAUACCACGUGGGCACACUCGAGCUGCCAAUGGGACUUAGAUGCAAUGUGGUCGGCUGGUGGUCCGUUGGCAAGUGCAAUGGCACGAAGACACUGAUACCAUCUCUGACCAACAAAGUGGGGAAUCAGGAACUGUGGCAGAAUCAGAUGCUUACCUUGAGGACGGUGAAGCUGCAUACGAUAAAGACAUACGACUGCUCCAUGAAGUUCUCUCAUUUUGGCCACGUGUUGCAAAACCUCCACCUCUGCACGUACUCGAGUAAAGAGGGCAAUUGUGACGGAGACGCGGGAGCCCCGCUCAUCUGCGACCACCUGCUGGUGGGCAUCCUGUCGUGGGGGCCGGGGUACAAGGAGAACGGCAUUGCCAUGCCGCUCGUGUACGCUCGGGUCGACGUCUACCUGGAAUGGAUAAACACCGUCAUCACCGUCUUCGCGUCGCGAGCUGUGAUGGCGAGACCUUCCCUGGCACUCCUCGCACUCCCCAUGCUGCUGGCGAUGCUCGAGGUCACCCUCUGAGGCGACGCUGCCAUGCCCGCCGACCGCUCCAGGAACUGCAAGCUGCGUAGCUUCUCUUUGCGUCGACUGCCUUCCACCAUAGCUCGCAUAUGUACUAAAAAAAUAUAAUAAAAAAAUAAUAAAAUGUGUUA